UUUUGGAAUCGCAGCUCAUGAGUCAAAUCAGCGUCCAAGGCAGUAAAUCUCUGAUAACCAGGAAAGUGGGCCAAGGAAUGGCAGAUGGAAUUUAACUCAGACAAGUGUGAGGUAAUGCAUUUUGGAGAACUAUGUCCCGCAUCACACUGGAGGAACUAAUUGCACUGGAAGAUGUGCCACUGGAUGAUGUUGCCGAGGCCACCCCUGAGCCCGUGGAAGAAGACCAUGAACAACAAGAGCAACGUUUUGCUCAUUGGCAAAGAGUUGCCAAUGCACAUCAGGUGGACCUUCCUCGGAAUAUGAUCGGACCGAUUCAGCAGUUAUCAAGAAACAAUCAGGCACAGGAGGUUGUGCCCCACCAACCCAUCAGAUGCCAUGAGAAGUGUAAUGAAGUCAUAUAUGAGGAACGCUUGUACCUGGCAGGGAAAUGGGCUCAUGUAAUCACGGGUGAAAAACUCUACGAACAAAGCAUUUCUAUGGCAUUUAUGAAACUGAUGCGUUACAUUUGUAGCGAAAAUUCAGCAGGUCACUUUCUUGGUAUGACUAUUCCCAUCAUUAAUGAAAUACAAAUGACAGAAGAAAGGAAUGGUCUUGUCCAAGACAUCAUCACUGGGUACUAUCUGCCAGCACACUUUCAAGACCAGCCACCCCAGCCAGCAGAUCCAGACAUUAUAAUUGUAGAACGUCAGGCCAUGAGGAUUAUUAGCAGGAGUUUCCAUGGAUCAACUACUGAGCAGACCAUAUUGCAUGAAAUUGAGACCCUGUCAGAGUUACUUGGUUCCACUGAUUCCUUCUUGACGGAUACCUAUAUUGUGGCUACAUAUGAAAAUCCUUCCGUCCCACAUCAAAGGAAUGAAAUUUGGUUCAUUAGUCAUUCUCAGUGAUGUGUUGAUUUCAACUGAUGCAGACAAUCAAAGGUCAUUUGAUUAUACAAAACAAUUCAUAAUCUCAGCAGCUGUCUGUACAAAGCAUAGCUUAAUUUAUGUGACUAUGCUUUGGCUGGGUUGUAUUUUAUAUUUGUACAUAAGUAAAUCUAUGGCUUUUUUGAUUCGCUUAUUGCUUGCCCGUACACCUGCUUAUGAAUUUUCUCGAGUCAGAAACAAAAUGCUGGAGGAAUUCAGCUGGUCAGGCAGCCUCUUUGGGGGGAAAUGGACAGUCAACGUUUUGGGUCGAGACCCUUCAUCUGGACUGAAUUUUUCUGCUUCCCUCUGGGCUGAUGGAAAGAUUGAGUUGGCAAACCAGGCCUCUGUGUUUUGCUUAGUGGGAAGUAAAGUCACCCAGACCGUCUACUGGAAAAUCUAUCUUUUCCUCCCAGAGCAGCCACAGUUUAUUGCAUCUCCUUAUAAUACAUAGGUUGAGGGAUUUAUUCAUAUCAUUUGAUAUCAGUAGCACAUUAUAGAUCUGUUAUGAUAGUAUUCAUACUGGGCCACAUUGACGAAAGUAUAGUUAUAGGUGUGUAUAGGUUCGUUUGUACAGGAUCUCCCAGAAUAAGCAAACUGCUGCUUUCCAUAAAGCACUGUAUUUUUUUGUGAUUUUGCCAAUUUCAAAUAGGUAACCAGAAACCAGAAUGCUGCCCUUCCCUACCUAAUUGCCCCUGAGAAGAUGCUAGUGGUGGUGAGUCACCUUCUUGAAUGACUUCAGUCCUUUCUGGUGAAGGUGGUCCCAUGAUGCUGUUGGAUAGGGAAGUGCAGGAUUUAGAUCCAAUAGUGAUAUAUUUCUAACUCAGGAGGUUAUGUAAUUUGGAAGGGAAGUUGCAGGUACUAGUAUCCCCAUGCAUCAUCUCCUCUGUCUUUUUUAGUGGUAGACAUCCUGGAUUUGGGAUGUGCUGUCAGAGUGAUGUCAAGCUUCAUGAAUGUUGUUGAAGCUGCACACAUGCAGGCAAGUAGACAUUAUUCCAAAAUGCCCUGAUUCCUACCUCAAAGACAGCGGAAGGGCUUUGGGAGUUGCAAGCUGCAUCACUCGCCACAGGAUACUGAGAUUUUAAGCUACUUUAGUUGCCAGAGUUUUUAGGUGGCUGGUCUUGUUGAAUUUUCAGACCAUGAUAAUAACCAAUUGGUGGCACUGAAUGCCAAGAUAAAUUGGGUAGACUCAUUCCUAACUUCAACUCCCCUUUCUCACACUGUCCCCAUUUUUAUCAAUGGAGACACAAAAGACUGCAGAUGCUGGAAUCUGGAGCAACAAACAAUCUGCUGGAGGAACUCAGCAGGUUGGGCAGCAUCUGUGGGAGGAAAGAAAUUGUCCACAUUUCAGGUCAAAACCCUACAUCAGGGCCUGAUUUGUCUGAUUUCUUUCGUUUUGAGACUAUGACCUUGAUUCCGCAGCCAGUGAACAAAAUCUUCUUACCAUUUACCCAGCAAAGGAUCUUAAGAAUUUGAACUGAUCCAAAAUGCCUCACCUUUUUUUUUAUCCUUUGGAAUAUCAGCCUGGUUUACUCAAACUCUCUUGGCAAGUCAAUUUGCUUAUCCCAGGAAUCAGUGUAGUAAUAGAAGACUGCAUUUGGAGAUUCAUAUUGUGAGUUUUCAUUGGUUUGAUGAGACUGUAGUACCAUUAGUUGACAUGUUCUAGCAGAUAUUGUUUUCUUUCUCCACUAUUAUCUCUGUGUGCAAUUUUGCCAAUUAUUAGUUAAUUCACUAACUUUCAGAGAAACAAAAUAAA